AUGUUUAAACGGGCCUAUUAUCGCGCCGGAAGUUAUCUGCUGAACCAACGAGUGCUGCCCGACCUAUGGCAGCCCUUCUACCGCGAGGAGGUCUACCGACGCGCCAAGCAGCGGCUGAACGGUCUUUGCCAAACCCACGACGACGCCGCGGACCGGGGGGAGGCUGGGGUGCCUUUUCAGAUUUCCUUACCCCCCGGCAUGGCGGAGGCGGAGGCGAUGGAUUCCUUUUCCCCGUCGGCGACCCCGGAGGACGAUUCCGCCCCAUUUCCCCCCGCCUUGAGUGCGGAUUUGACGAUGCGCGAGGCGGACGGGCUGGUGGGGACUUUUCUCUCCCUCGCCAGCGCGGAGGACCUGAGCGCCACGCUGCAGUACCUGCGCGAGGGCCUGAAGCUCGAGAUCGCCGGCUUCCACUACCACGCCCUCUUCCGGAUCUUUAACCACGCGCAGGACCGGGGAAACGCGAUAGAGCUGGUGGAUUUGAUGGCGCGGCGUGGGGAUUUGACGCCGGAGAGCUACGCCCGGGCGAUCGAUUGCGUGCAUUCCUUCGCUCCACAGGACGCGCUCGAUCGGAUUUUGGCCAUCGUGCGGCUCGCGCAGGAGCGGUUUGGCGGGCUGAUCUUUGACGAGGUCGCCGGCUCCGAGGCGGCGACCGUCAGCGCGUUUGCGGCGGGCCGCCCCGAAGCCCCGGCGACUUCGGAGGCGGCCGGGCCGCCCCCGCGUUCGAGCCCGGUUCUCACCGCUUUAUUACACCAUUUAUCCGUCCUCAACGACGCCUCGAGCCCCCUCGCGGCGCUGCUGAUCGCGGUGUGGGUGCGGGCGCUCGGGGUUCGCUUGUCGGACUGGGAUUAUGUGUUUAUUUGCACCGCUUUACUCACGCGCGUCGAGACCUUUCCGCGGGUGUGCAGGGUUUACGGCGUGUUUAGUGAGUUUCCUACCGGCUCUGUGAGCCCGCAGGGGGUCUUUGAGCGGCUUCGCGAGCGGCAGGAGGGCAUAUCGCCUUCCUCGCUGGUCUUUCGCCUUGUGGAGGCGAUGCGGGAUGGCCUCGAGAAGGCGGGGGUGGACCUGGCGAAGCCCGUGGAGGUGGGGGUGGUCAACCUGAAGACGAUUGGGAUGCAAUCCUGGAUGAAUAAAAUUCUCAACUACGUGGUCUUUCACGAAGGUGGCCUCGGCUCGCGGCGGUACAACCCUGGGAUACUUUACCACAUGCUCAGUUUACUAUAUAGUACGGUGCGAGAUGACAAAAGUGCGGCCGACAUGCUUUUGCUAGCCGUGGAGCACAAAGAUCAGGUCUCCGCACCAACCCCAGAGGGGCGUGUCCACCACGACAAGGCCGACCCCCUCCGCCCCAAUGCGGAGGCGAAUCGGCGUCUUGAUGAGUCGUGCGGUUCUUCUCCCACGAGUUGCGAGGGUGAAUCGUAUGGCGAGCCUUUUUCAAUCUCUUUUCACCACGUCCAGGACGUCGGCGGCCUUCUUCCGCGACUCAGCCAGCGAACCCGGAAUGACCUGCACGACGUCUUCAACCGCCUCGUACACGAGGUCGUGGCGCAGUACCAACACAAUCACGAGCCCCAGGGCCGGGAGUUCGAUGAUUGGCCGGGGCCCGCGGCCCCCACGACGGCCUCCCCCGCCGACGCGCGUUCGGCCCAGGGGGGGGUCUCGUUGUUAUCCCCGGCCCGGCCUUUGUCGGCCUCGGAGGUCGCCGGGUGCGAGGGCUACACCCUCGGGGUCCUGCACCCGACCGAGGAGGCGCGCGAGGUGCUGCGUCAGGUGAUUUCGCAGGGAAUCCCGAGCACGAUGCGCGUCCCCCGCGAGACGCAGCUGAUUUUCCGCCAACUCGCCCAAUAUUGCGGGACCCACCCUUUGCCCAAUCGGAAGUUAACCCCGACCGGCCUGGAGGAGCGCCGUCGCUGGGGGAAGUACCUCGACGCGCGCGAUACGUCGCUUGCCUUGUUCGGCUCCAGCCCGCAUGCCCGGGAUUCGAUGAAGGAUUUGUACUACAGCGAGAAUACCCUGGCCGCGCUUCGAUCGGAUGAGAUCAUCAUGCAUGAUAUUACCGAGGUGGGCAACAUCUUUUUCCCCCCCAACGCCGACCCGGACGAGUCGGAGUGGUCUUCGCCCUGGCGCUCGACUUCGCCAUCGGAGGCUCGCCAGUGGGUUUCACAUCGGACCACCCUUCCACACAUCCGUUGUUCUUCGCAUCUCGUGCCCCCCCACCUUUACGAUCCCAAUGUGUAUAAUCCCUACCCUCAUAUUGCCUUGAAGAUCAGUCCGAUGGGGAUAAACCAGGAGGGGAACAAGGGUGUAUCGGAGGCCUCCGAUGCAUCCUCGACAAGUGAUGACUUUUUUGCCGAGCUAUGGAGCGUUCUUACAAAUGCCGAGAUCAUGGGCCGUGAUUUUUGGUACCUGUAUAAUACGCACAUGUACAUGUUGCUGAUGCGCUGCUUUCUCCAUCGUUUAGAUUGGGAGGCGGCCGCCCAUCUAACGAUCCAGAUGCAGGACUACAGCAGCUAUACCUACCUCAUGGACCACGAAUUGACCUCAAUUUUUAAGGAAAUCGGGGAUCCUGCCGGUUGCCUGGCUUUUAAAGUGGCCACUGGGCUUUUUGAUGGUCGUAUCAUGCAUGAUGGGCAGGUAAAGCGAAAGCAGUUCCACAUGGAGCUAUCCCUAUAG